AUGGUUAUCAACCGUGUUAUGGCUCCGCUCGCUAUUUUGACUGACUUCACUGGUAGAUACUCGUCCGUGCUCCCAUUCUCUGCGGUUUGCAUUGAUUACCUGAAUCAGUAUCAGGUUUCAAUCAAGGACAUACACGUUGCUGGAUGCGAUCCACUUGCUCUCAUCGGUGGCUCGAGACGAAGUCUCACUGCGUACUUCGGCAUGGAAGCAAAGAGUCACAUCCUGUUUCGGUUUUUGAGGAGUUUAAAGCCACUUGAGUCCCUUACGAUAAGCCUGCCUGGUGGCUGGAACGAGCUUGACAACCACUAUUGGGAUAUUACUCUUGAUCCAAUGGCCGGAAACCGAGUUUCUACGAAGUCACUCACUUUACCUGGAUGUAUGCCCCGCAGCUUUGGGGACAAGUUUCAGAGAAUGUUUGACUGGUCCAUUCUCACCUCUCUAAGUUUUUUUGAGGGAAACUUGUGGCUUGUCAAAGAUAUAAUGGAAAGCCAAUACGAAGGCCCCGACCUCCGCAACCUAGUGCACUUCCAGUGCUAUACUUUGGAUUACAUCUUUGAGCAAGACACCCUCAUACUGUACGAGUUUUUCAAAAUGACUGAGAGCCUCAGACAUGUCCUGCUUAGCAUAAGCGGACUGACAUACCUUCCUGUUGACACACCUGAGCGACUGGAUAUCGAAUACACCACGCGCGGUCAUUAUUUUGCACUUUGGCCUCUACGAAACCGUCUCCUAACUAUGGUUUGGCAUGACGCAGGGCAAGAAAGACCUUUGGACAAGAAAUCGCUCGAUUGCAUCUGUCGAAGCUUUGCUUCACUGCAAGAGCUUGGUUUUGCAGCGCCUCAAGCUUUCGAUGCCAAAGCAGACAAGGAGUCUAUGUGGAACGAAGAUCUCUUAGAAUAUCUAACGCUGAGGAUGGUGCACUUAUACCAGAAGUUCACGGAAUCGGAAGAUGGGGACGAACGUUUCUGGCCACAACACCAAACUACAGCCAACAUCCAAGCCUUUGCGACAUUACUAUUCCAAUGGGCCCAUAGCUAUUGUCCCCAAUUUGAGGUUUUUGUGUGGGGUUUAUAUGAAGAGGUUAAAGUUGUUAAGGGAGCACAGCCGUGGAAGUCUACUGGAGAUGCUUCCAAAUUCGUCCCAGAACUUUUCUUUAUGAAGAAACUGCUUCACGGUCAAAAUGGCGCAAUACAAAUUACCGCAUCAUUCACAACACGCAGCCGAGUUCGUGCUGACUUCCCUGAGCUGUUGCUGCCAAAGUCUGAUCCAGGCUUCGACGAACUGGCUCGGGCUGCUUUCGGUCACUAG